GAGUUAGACACCUCUGGGUGUGGCCAGAAGGUGGAGGAGACUGGGAACUGGAUUCCUCUGAGUGGGAAACUUGGACUAGAGUACAAUGUGAAGAAAGAAGUGGAAACAUUUCUCAGGUGGAAGUUGUGACUUGGGGAACUACCUGAACAUGUGGAAUCCCAAUGCCGGGCAUCAAGGGCCAAACCCAUAUCCACUGAAUCCUGGGUGCCCAGGAGGUUCCUAUCCUGUGUGUCCACCACAUCCACCAUCUGUCAAUCCAGCCUUUCCUCCUGGCCCCUGUCCACCUCCCCCAGGAGCUCCCCCAGGAAAUCCAGCUUUCCCUCCAUGUGGGCCUGGUUAUCCUGUGCCCCCACCGCAGCCUUGUCCAGGAUACCCAUCCACAGGUCCCCAUCCUCCUCCAUGUCCCCCACCUGCCCCUGGCAUGCCUCAUGUGAACCCUUUGGGCCCUGGCAUGGUGGUCCCAGGGAUGGUGAUGGACAAGAAGAUGCGGAAGAAAAUGAAGAAAGCUCAUAAAAAGGCACACAAACACCACAAGCAUGGCAAGCAUUCCUCCUCUUCCUCCUCUUCCAGCAGUGACUCUGACUGAAUACAGGGCCUGGACCCUCCCUCAAGUCUCACCAGCCCUGCUCUCCCAUCAAGCUUCAGCUGCCGCGCGCUGUGCUGGGCGGAAUUAGCCCUCCCCACUCCCUUCCCGAGCCUUCCCCUGCU